AAUAGUCGUGGUAUGGACAAAGUUGAAAUUUUCUACUUUUUGUUGAUUCAGAAUUCAGAUAUUCUUUGAAGUUCUCUCGGUUCAGACGCCUUUGGGGAAAGUAAAAAGAAUUUUUGUUACUUAAGGUGAAAAAACCUCAUCAGACAGAUGACAUCAAUAAUCGAAUCAAAAUAUGUCGGCCUUGUGUCUGAUUUAUUGCCAAACAUACGGCUUAUGCAAGGUUUCGGUCAUUUCAUUUUCAAAUACAUCAACGGACCGAUUUUCUUGAGAAAAGUUUACUCAUCCGUGCAUUUAGUUUUGCUUUUGUUUCAAUUCCUUUGCAUCUUGUUGAAUUUGGCUCAAAACACUGACGAAGUUAGUGAACUUACUGCAAACACAAUCACGGUACUUUUCUUUACGCAUUGCAUUACAAAAUUCGUUUACGUUGCUUUGAGCUCGGAAAAUAUCAGUCGAACUUUGGGAAUCUGGAAUCAAUCCAAUAGUCAUCCAUUAUUUACUGAAUCAAAUUCAAGAUAUCAUCAAAUUGCUUUGGCGAAAAUGCGACGUUUAUUGAUGCUCGUGAUGCUUACAACAUGUAUCGCAACUGUUUGUUGGACAACAAUAACAUUCUUUGGAGAUAGUACAAAACUGUGGAGAGAUCAUGAGAACAACGAGACUUUGACUGUCGAAAUACCUCGACUUAUGAUAAAGUCAUGGUAUCCUUGGAAUCCCGUUGGCGCACUUUAUUUCGCGUCUUUAGCAUUUCAAUUCUAUUACUUGCUGUUCUCAAUGGUUAUUUGCAAUACUUCGGACGUUUUAUUCUGUUCAUGGCUCAUUUUUGCUUGCGAACAGUUACAACAUCUAAAGGGAAUCAUGCGACCAUUGAUGGAACUUUCGGCAACACUCGACACAUACCGUCCGAAUUCUGCUGCAUUAUUUCGUACUGUUUCUGCAAGUUCAAAGUCUGAAUUAAUUUUAAAUGACGAAAACGAGAAGAAUUCCAACUACGAUCUGAACAUCAGCACAAUUUACAACACAAAAUCAGAUUGGGGAGCUCAAUAUCGUGCACCCACAACACUUCAGAAUUUCAAUGGUGGAAAAGGCAACAAUAACAAUCCAAACGGUUUGACAGAAAAACAAGAAAUGAUGGUGAGAAGUGCUAUUAAGUAUUGGGUCGAACGACAUAAGCACGUCGUAAGACUUGUUUCUGCUAUUGGUGACACUUAUGGAUUAGCAUUACUCUUGCACAUGUUGACAUCAACAAUUAUGCUGACCUUAUUAGCUUAUCAAGCUACGAAAAUUGACGGCGUUAAUGUUUAUGCCUUCAGUGUUAUCGGAUAUUUAGUCUAUUCGUUAGCACAAGUUUUCCUGUUCUGUAUUUUCGGUAAUCGAUUGAUCGAAGAGAGCUCAUCGGUGAUGGAAGCUGCUUACUCUUGUCAUUGGUAUGAUGGUUCAGAAGAAGCUAAAACUUUCGUACAAAUCGUUUGUCAGCAAUGUCAGAAGGCAAUGACAAUAUCUGGUGCAAAGUUCUUCACAGUGUCAUUAGAUUUGUUUGCUAGCGUGCUUGGAGCUGUUGUAACAUACUUCAUGGUGUUGGUACAAUUGAAGUAAAUUCAUUCAAUCAUUUUUAUUGUUUUCAACAAG